AAAUAGAAACAUUACGGUAUUAAUGGCUGGAUUGAUAGAUCCAUCGAGAGGAAUUUAUGGUUUUGUAUUUUAUUUGGUGACUCUUGCUUUAUUUGGUAUUUAUUUAUUGUGGGCCAUUCUUCCUGAUGAAUGGCUCCAAUACAUUGGACUAAGUUACCUCCCUCAAAAAUAUUGGGCGAUAGUGGUUCCCCUGUACAUUGGUGUCUCCAGUAUAUUAUUGUUAUUAUUAUACGUUUGUUAUAGCAUGUGGCUCACUCCUCCAUUUGAUGACUUACAAACCAUUACAGAUAAUUAUGCAUUGUAUAAAAAUGGGGAAACAAGUUCACAAAUAAUAAAAGACAUUCCAAUAACAAUGGUGAACAGACAAACAUACAAAAUAUGAAAUAAAAAUAUGAUUGUACUAUUGUUUAAACAUUAUUUUUUAUUGUCAGAGCGUACAACUAUCA